AGUUCCUUGCGCAAGAGGAAUGAUGAUUCCUGGCCUUCCGGAAGGUUGUUGUCGGUCCCGUAACCAUCUGGAACUAGUUCCUUGCACAAGAGGGAGGAUACUUCUUGGCCUUUCGGAUGUUUUUGCCGUCUCCGUGACCAUCCGGAAGGAUUUCCCAUCGCAACAGGGAGGGCUUUCUGAAAGUUUUUGCGGGUUCUGUGGCCCUACACUUUUCCGAGGAGGGAAACGCUAGGCGGAAAGAUGAAUUUACCCCAGUUAACUUAUUUUUCUUCUUCAGAUAUUAGGCGACCCCCUGCGAGACUUUUUGCCGGGCACUUUUUGGAACCAGUUCACGUUCAAGAACCCGAAAAAGCCAAAAACGGAUGGUGCAAAGGUGGCGAGCAGGUGCUGAGGCGGAAGAUUAUCGCGUGGCGCAGUAGAAUGGCGACUACGUGCCGAGCGGAUCGUGCAGGUUGCCGGUGCACUCCCUCACCAAGGAUCAUUGCACCGAGGACAAGCGGUUGAGCUUUAGAUUCCUUAAGACAAAAACGCAAAUGCAUGCGUGAGGCCAAGGCCAAGGAUCGGGUGGUCGCCAAAAAAGCUGCCGGCGGUGAUCAGAAUAACGUUUCCGACCUGGAAUCCCAGUACGAGGACGAGUUCGAUUCGUAUCUGGAACGGCUGGACGUGCCUGGACGAAGAGACGACAACGCCGACGAUUUUGACUACGAGGUGAACUUUAUGAACGAGUUCGAACAGGAACUGGCCAAAAAGCGCGAGAAGAAGAAGGAGCGAGCGACUAACGUCAUCUCAGGAGGACGGCGAGGAUGGUCUAGAAGAACAAUUUCAGCAUGCUGGCGAACUACGACGUACCGACGCCGGUCCAGAAGUACGCAAUUCAGAUCUUCUUGAGCGGACGGGACGUGAAAGCCUGCACUCGAACGGGUUCCGGCAAGACGGCCACUUGGAAGUAGUUAUGGCCCCGAUUCGUGAGUUGGCUAAACAAAUCUGUACGGUAGUAACAGAAUCCAGAAGCUUAUGGGCAAGUUGGUCCGCUGUUGCCACGCCGGGUUGCCUAGACCCCUUGCUGGACGAUGCAGACCGUAGGCUAUUAUACAUGAGAUUCGAGGACUACCAGAAGAGUUGCAUCGAGUGCUUAUUCUAAAAUUGUGAAAAUAUAUACUUAAGC